UUUAGAUUCCUUUUCAGCGUACUGAUUCGAAAACUAUAUGCAGUUCCUUAAAAAACUGGUUAACAAGCCCAGUCAAAUUUUACAGCAAAUAUAUUUAAGGCUCAAUGAGAGACAAGGACUUAAUUCUGAUUUUAACAAUACUUCGAUUGGAUCAUUUCAGAUAAAUCCUCUUAAAGAAAAAGACUGUUUUUGUUUUAGUCAAAAAAUUGGACCUUUGAAAGCUUUUAACAUUAUAAAGUCAUCCGAGUCAGAUAAAAUUCAUUGUAACGCUUUUCAGACAAUAGAAAAUUAUUUUGAGGAACCUCUUCUUUCCGCCAGUGGUCUGGGAAUAGUUUUCGCUAGUAAUUUAAGUGCUCAAGUAGUUGAAGUUGCUAUUAAAGACAUUGACUAUAAAUAUUUUUGUAUCCCUAACUCUGGAAAAUUUCUUUUGAUUCCUCUCUUACACAAUUUGUUUCACGAUUUUUCACACAAUACCGCACAUUCCGUUUAAAUGAAGUAAUAAAAAACAAUAAAAUUAAUAAAUUUAUAUAAUUUUACAUGAGUUUUAACAUUAGCAACCUAUUUGAAAGCUCCCUUUUUCAAGAGAGUCAGGAGCAAAAUGGUAAGCAAAACAACUUUUCUCUAGUUACGCACAUGUUUGCAAAUUUUUCUUGUCUUAGAUCUUGAGUCUAUUAUACAAAAAAAGUGCUACAUAACCUCAGCUGAAAAUGCUAUGCAGACAACCACGUCAACCCCAAUAAGCGGUUCAGCAACAGCACCUCAGGUUGAAUCAGGUUCAGUGGCAUCUGUAGCAUUUAAUGACGGUAAUUUAAAAUUUACCGCUGAAUUCAAUUUAAUAUGUAUGUAUAUAUUUUUUUUUUCAUUUCAGAGAUGAUGGGAAUGCUGAAACAAAUUUUGGCAAACCAAAUGGUGAUAGGGGAAAAGUUGUCGACGUUGGAAGCCAAUCAAACUGUUAUACACUCAAAGUUGGAAUUUUUUGGGGAAGUGCAGGGAACGCUGAUCCACAACCAAGGUGUCAUAAGUGAGCAGGUUGAAAAACUCAGUCACGAUUACGUUGAUAAAUCUGAAACCCUUGCCCAAAACACUUUGCUCCGCGAAUGCAAGGUCGCGAUAAAAAAAGUAGAGCGAUCAGUCUGCCUAAUGACUGGGGAGUUAAGAGACGACGCCCUUGACGAAGUGGCCAGAAUGCUCCCAAUCAACACCCUUGAAUCGGUAUUGGAGGUUGAGGAAAAACUAAAGGAACCUCACUUCGCGCAAGCAAUGACAACAUAUUGUCAUAAGCUGAAGGGCACAUCUGAGGAGGUCGAUGGAGUCCUUCGGAAUUUGUUUACAGAUACUCUCCUGGAGUCCUUCAAUUGGGAUGGAAGGGGAGAAAGGCAAGCGUUAGCGAAACUGGAUGUUAUAGAAAAAGUAUUGAGAGGUAAAUAAAUUGCAAACAAAAAUAAGCCGAAGUCAUUUUUUAAUCAAUUUUAUUUUUUAUUUAGGCGUUUUUCAACUACAUGGUGCCUUCGAGUUUGAAAGAGGUGUGCGAAAGGCUGUAGAGAAGAGCCAUCAUCGCAUGAAGCAGAAGAAAUAUAUAUCGAAGAAAAAUAGAAUACAAUAAGUACAAGAUAGGGAUAGAGUACAACUCCACAACAAGCUUUUCCGGCGUUUGCCGGUUUUCAGGCCUUCACCUACACAAUUCAGCUAUUUCUGAAAGUCUAAAAAGCGCUGAACGCCUGAAAAGCUUGUUGUAAAGUUGUACUCUUAAAGUGUAGUAUAGUCUUACACUUAGUUUUUAAUUUUCUGUUCUUUUAUCCUUUAAAAGGCCUUUGACAUAUUAAAGGACUAACAACUUAAACAAAAAAACGCUAAAAAUACAUCAAUUCUCUGAGGUGUAGUCGUUUCUGUAUCAGCGGAAAAGUAAAAA